CUUGUUCCCUUUUUCUUUCUCUUGCACUCACUUGCUCGGUAUGGAACUUGAUUAUGUAGCUUACGGUGUAGAGAGAGAACACUGAAUUUAUUACAGCUAAUUAUUAGUUAAGAUUUCACUGUGUGAAAUGGCAGAGGAGUGUUUAGAAGACCUCGAUCCGUUCAACUGUCCCAUCUGUCUGGACGCACUCCAGGAUCCAGUGACGAUUCCCUGUGGACACAACUACUGCAUGAGCUGUGUUAAAGACUACUGGGAUAAAAAUGGCAGCAAAGACACGGGUUACAGCUGCCCUCAGUGCAGGAAGACCUUCUCGCCUCGACCUGUCCUCAACAAAAACACCAUGUUUGCAGAAGUGGUGGAGCGGUUUAAAAACACAGGCCUUCAGGAUCCUCCACCUACACGUUAUGAUGGACCUGGACGCAUGGAGAGAAAAAUCUGCACAGCAAAAAACGCCAAAAACGUCAAGAUGUGUCCAGAAAGUGAGGAUUUGUGCUGCAGGGCCCACCUGAGAUAUCAUAACAAUGACUAUCCCAGAGAAAAGCACACAGUUAUUGUUGUUAACGGGGAACCUAAAGGAAAUAUUUGUUUGCCACACAACAGGCUAUUGGAGUUUUCUUGUCGGACAGACCACCGGUUCAUCUGCCCACUGUGUCUUAAUGAAGCCCACCAAGGACAUGAAGCGUUUUCAUUGGCAACUCAGAAGACGAAAACACUAGAGUGCAGUACAACUCUAGAGAAACGAGAGCACAGGAGUAAAGAAAAAACAACUGGACAUGGUAGGGGACAAUGUAAAAGGAGAACUCAUGGCUCUAGGCAUAGACAUGGACUCAGGAGUGGACAGACCCGGGGCUCACAUGCUAAAAAAGGGCAUCAAACACACCAGCAUAAAAGUAGUAAACACAGAGGUAAUUCGCACGGGCACAGUCAUGGUGCUGGACACCGAAAGAGACGACUGGGAAUCAUGGUCAUGACAGGACCUGGCACUAGAAGAACCUCUGCGGAUAAUGUUAAAGCAGUUUGAACCUUGAUUUUGAGCACAGUGUUACAAGUGCCAUGUUGUUUUCUAGAGGAAUGUUGCUUUUGCUAGGUUCAGGUCAUUUAUUUUGUGAGUCAGCAAUCCAUUUCUGGAUGCAUUUUAUGUUUAUUCUAUUGGAUUACCCAUGAUUGCUUGAUGCCAUUUGUUUUUCUCAAUUCAGUGUUGGGUGUAACAAUUAUGUUCAACUGCAAGAAACACCUUGACAUAUCUAAAAUAACUGCCUGUUUUGAAGAGUUACGAUGUUUCCUUAAUGUUGUAUUAGAGUGGUUUUUUUGCACAUGUAUAAGUGAUGUUUGCAGCUGCUUAAUUACUAAAAUGACGAUUUUGUGACAACUUCAAAUUAAAUUUCAUGACUUUUCAGUUGUUCAUUACUAGAUAAAAAAAAUAAAAAUAAAUAAAUAAUU